AUGGGGAAUAUUGACCGUGCUUUUGAGUCCAUGUCACCGGAAGAAGAAGAAGUGGCUUUUAACUUGUUUGACCUACCUCAGUUCAGUGCAAACGAAAGGAACAAGUUGAGUAUUAUGGGACGUACGCUAUACCCUGAGAAGCAAAAUAUUGCUGAUCCCAUUAGGGAUAUGCCAAGGAAGUGGCAAGUUGCUGGGAGGGUGCAAGGAGUUGCCCUAUCUAAGACCACUUUUCAGUUCAUCUUUAAGUAUGAGCAUGACAUGGAAGAGGUGUUAAGGAAGAGUGUUUGGACGUUUAAUGACUGGAGUAUUGUCAUUGAUCGGUGGAAGGAGAAGCCAGAUGAGGACUAUCUAAAGUACUUACUGGUUUGGGUUAGGAUUCGUAAUAUCCCUGUAAAUCACUACACUGUCGAAGCUAUCACAGCGCUAGGGGAUCUUAUUGGUAGAGUCAACGUGGUGGCUUUUGAUCCCGACAUGCCGCAAACUAACGACUAUGUUCGAGUUAGGGUUUUCUUUGAUGUAUCAAGACCGGUGAGACGAUCUAAAGCGGUAAACCUACCAAAAGGUGGUGGCUCAGUCACGAUCUGGUACGACUUCGAGCGGAUACAGAAACGAUGCCAUCAUUGCCAGCAGUUAACUCAUGAAAAGGAUAAGUGCCCUAUUCUCAUUAAGGAGCGUAGAACGGAAGCGCAGGUCCGAAGGGAUCUAAUCAUACAGGAAAAACAGAAGUCGGAGGAUGUAAAACAGACUUAUGUUGUUACCAUUGAGAAAGAUGACCCGCUAUAUGGAGUUUUAAACGAGGAGCAAGUUGGUGUGGACAAAGCAACGGGCGGAGAAUAA